AUGGCAAUCCUUUCCUCACAUUCCCACAAAUGCAUUCCCUCUUCCUCAAACACCGUCGUGAUAGGCAACCUCACUGGUGCUCCUCUCAGUCCUCUGCUCACCUUUGGGUUCAUGCCCAGAGGCAAGGCGUUUGAUGACUGGCGACCAGCCAAUCCGGCUACGUUUGGCAGCAUGUACUCCAGUGUCGCCAUGCAACUGGGUCUCAGUGUCGUGCUGCCCCUGGUCGUUGGGCAGGUUGUGCGUGGGGUCUUGGAGAAGCGGACGGCAUGGGUGUUGCAGAAGCUGUACUUCAGCAAAGUUGCCGGGUCCUUCAUGCUCUUCAUGGCUACGUUUUCCAGCGCCUCCAAGACCAGCGCCAUCUACGAGAUAUCCAAGCCGAGCAUCAUCUUCGAUGUCUUUAUGAAUCUGGCGCUGUACAUGGUCUUUACGGCCAUAUAG